GUAAUUCAGGAUUCAGGCGCCCAGUCACCCAAGGCACGACCAUACAUUUGUGCCGCUAAUCCGUCCGCCAAGAAUGAACGAUCAUAACCCUUUGACGUAUAGCAUCCGGUAGGAGGUAGGCUGUGUUCCUUGCUGCUUCCUUGAUAUCUAGCGCACGUACUACGCCCAUAUCGUUACUGCUCACAGAGAUAUCAAUCCUAACACCGUAUUCCGACAUGUCAAUCCAUAACAAGAUCCAGCAGGCAGCCCAUCAAAAUGAGCAACUCCUCCGCGGGCUAGAGGAAACCGACGCUGCACCCUCACAGCUCAAGCAGCAGAACGCAUACAUUGCUGACCUCGACUCGCAAAUCAACAACACCAGAAAGCGUGUCAACGACCUAAAAAAGAAGACUGCUAGUGAGCUAAAGGAUCACGAAAAGUACCGCGACUCAACUUUCCGCCGUUUUGCACACAAGGCCAGCGGCAAGAAGGAGAAGUUUGCCGAGAAGGCAGCAAAGGAAGAGAAAGAGUACUUUGAUGCGAUCCAGGAGCAGAAGAGUGCCGAAGACGAACUAGCCUACGUCAAGCAACUACGUGACGAAGCUGAGAUACGCAAAAACGAAAUUACAUCGCAAUCUAACCGUCACGAUACCCUACAAGCCGAACUCGAUGCGCUUUACAACUCAAUCUUCGCCGGCCAUACGCCCGAAUUCCCCGAUGAAGACCGCAAAGAAGAGGCUUGCAACGCCGCAUCUGCCCAAGUCCAGAGCUUGAACCAACGCCUCGAGCGCGAGCGUCACAUCCUUUUCCUCCUCGGACAAACCGUCGUCAAGCUCUCGGCGGCGCGUGAAUAUCUCGACGGCGCGUACGGCAUGAGUCAAUACGAUAUGUUUGGUGGCGGAACAAUGGCCAGUAUGCAGAAGCGCAAUUAUCUCGAGCGCGCAGAGAGCGCUAUACAACAGGUGCGCAUGCUACAACAGCAGGUCAAACAAGUCGCGCCCGAAAUACCCGGGCUGGGUCAACUCAACAUUGCAAUGGGCAGUAUCUGGAGUGAUGUAGUUUUUGACAACAUCUUCACGGAUAUGCAGAUGCACGAUCAGGUCAAGCAGUCUAUUGUACAGGUUGACCGUGCAGGCAACAAAUGCAGCGAUAUCAUUAGGCAGCGCGAAGCGCAGGAGAAGAGUCUGCAGAGGGAAGUGGACCAGGCAAAAGCCAAAUUGCAGCACUCGAGAUUAGAGCUACAGCAAGCGCGCGAAGAGGCGUUCAGGAGGGUACUUGGUGGUGCGCAAGCAAACGCCGCUAUGGGAGGUUUCAUGUCUUCGGGUGAUGAGGCCCCUCCGCCUGAGUAUACUGCGCCGGCCGGCCCGCCACCUGGGUACUCGGCUUGAGCAGCAUGUCGUGCAUGUACUUGUUGAUACGGGGGAUGGCGGAGCCUUCAUUCGGGCCGGAUACCCUGGUACUAUGCUUAGUAUGCUAUAGGGGCUCGGCAUAACUUCAGUUCUCGUACAGUAGAUAGAGGAUCCUUAUAUGAUUGCACAUGAAGCUCGUAACGAUAUGCGUACCUCGGUAGUUUCGUAGUAUAAUCAAAGACGUGAAAACAUGUAUUUACGGCUCAGAAGCUGAAGCGAAGCACUGGCAAGAGCUUUACGUCUAGCAUUCUAUAAUUGCGGAAUCUCGUAUUCGAGAGGAUCUUUCCGUAGGGGGUUCGACGGGUCUAUCGCAGAGACGCCGCAGGCAUACAAUGUCAC